AUGGCAACAUGUGAUGGAAUCAGAAGAAAAACCGCCAAAAGCAAGCUGUUCAAUGCCACGUUAACUUCCUUGAUUGAAAAUGAUGCGCAACUUCCUGAAGUUCAACAAAGUUAUAGAAUCUAUAUUCUUGACCUCGCAGCCAUUAUUCGUAGCAUGGUCAAGAUACCAAAUAUGUUUAAAUUAAAGAUCUUACAUUGCUACUCUUCUCAGAUGUCCCAAGGCAAUAUAACAUUGUCUACGUUGCAUGCGAUACGUACAAGCUUCGAUCAAUAAAGAACAGUGAACGAAGUCUCCGCGGUGAUAGAGACAAAUUUGUUAUUAGAAGUGAAAAUGUGCGUGUACCUGCUGAUUUUAAGAAGUUUCUUGCCAAUGGAGAUAACAAAGAGCGACUGUUCGAGCUUAUCGAAAAGGUGUGGGUUGAUAAUAAGAAUCAUCUGGGAGAAUGUGUUGUAUACUUUGCCAGGCGGGAUGCCUGCCUAAGAUAA